GUUAAAAGUAAUAAUACAUAAUGAAGAUGAAGACACUUUUUGUGGCAUUUAUCAUUAUUACCACUUUAGUAUCAUAUGCGUAUCCAAGUUUCGGCCAAAAAGAUGUUAACGACGAACCAUUGGUCAAUCCCGGUCCCGAGAUGGAAGCAUUGAGGGAGAUAUCGCCGGCUUCACAGGAUUACAAUAUUUAUAUCCUCGAGAACUUGCCACCAAAAUACGUAGCAUAUCUCACAACUUGUGGGGACAAGAUGGGGUCCAGUGGUAUUGGGAAAUGUAAUGAAGAUGUUGUUAAAGAGAUUCUUACGAAUGAACCUGUUUCGAGAGAGUGUUGUCUGAAGGUAGUAAGAGCUGGAAAAGAAUGCUACAUGGAGUUUAGAAAGUUCGUGUUUCGAUUGUAUCAACUUAAACGCUUUGCUUCUCAAGUUUCUUUCAGAACCAAUGAGGUUUGGAAUAGAUGUUCUGCUGAAGUUGAAAGUCCUUCGUCAUCAUAAUGACGUGGUUAAGUUAUCUUGAUUGAACAUUUGCUGUAU